GUGGCGGCGGCCCAAGAUGGCGGAGCUGCAGCUGGACCCGGCGAUGGCGGGGCUGGGAGGGGGCGGCGGGAGCGGGGCGGGCGACGGGAGCGGCCCAGGCCGCGGACCCCCCAGCCCUCGCCCGGCGGGCCCCACGCCCCGCGGGCACAGCCGCCUGCCCGCGGCCACCGCGCAGCCCCUGGAGCCGGGGCCGGGGCCCCCCGAGCGGGCCGGGGGCGGCGGCGCGGCCCGCUGGGUCCGGCUGAACGUGGGCGGCACCUACUUCGUGACCACCCGACAGACCCUGGGCCGGGAGCCCAAGUCCUUCCUCUGCCGCCUCUGCUGUCAGGAGGACCCGGAGCUGGACUCGGACAAGGACGAGACUGGAGCAUAUCUGAUUGACAGAGACCCUACCUACUUUGGUCCUAUCCUAAACUACCUCCGUCACGGGAAACUCAUCAUUACUAAGGAGUUGGCAGAAGAAGGUGUUCUGGAAGAAGCCGAGUUUUACAAUAUCGCAUCUCUCGUGCGUCUGGUCAAGGAGAGAAUACGUGACAAUGAGAACAGAACUUCCCAGGGCCCCGUGAAACACGUGUACCGGGUCCUGCAGUGUCAGGAAGAGGAGCUCACACAGAUGGUCUCCACCAUGUCUGACGGCUGGAAAUUUGAGCAGCUAAUCAGCAUCGGCUCCUCCUAUAACUAUGGAAACGAAGACCAGGCGGAAUUCCUCUGUGUCGUCUCCAGAGAACUAAAUAAUUCUACCAACGGCAUUGUCAUAGAGCCAAGUGAAAAGGCAAAGAUUCUUCAGGAGAGGGGGUCUCGGAUGUAAACUAAGAGUCGCAAAUUCCAGAAUCCUGAAGGGAAAGAGCGAUCUAGCAGAGCAGUUCUGUGACAUGAAAUCUUACACCUGUACAGUAACCGAGCUACUGCGAAGCAAAGCGGAGCCUGGUCCCUGGUGGAGAAGUGUUCCGGUCGGAACCAAAGGAUUCCCCACCCUGCCGAAGGCAAAUGCACCUCUGGCCGCAGAUGAGCUUUCCAGAAACCUGCUUUUGUUUUCUUAGCCAACGUAUGACAGACCUUUACAACAGCAGCUGGGCUGGGUCCCCAGCUGGAGCCUUUUGGGGAUCUGAAGAAGGUGAAGGCCAGCUCCUUGGAAAUGGCCUAGAAACCAAGGAAGCUGGAGCAGGGGAAGGAGCGUCGUCCUGGGCGGAGCCGGGCCUCUGGUGUACGGCUGGAAUAGGGGCAGCCCCUUCGGACCAUUCUCCCCUCGCUCAGGCACCCACAGAAGGGUGUGGGAGAUGUAGAGCUCUAGCUUCCGUGUGCCAAACUGAGGUGUGGGGGAGAGGAUAGAGUUGCUAGAAGACCCACUCUCCUUGAAAGAGACCCUCCAAAGCAGGGGAGGAUGAAGCGCCUGCGUGGGGGUGCGAGUGCGGGCUGCUGCUCCCCCAGGAGGCUGCGGAGCGUGUCCCUGGCCGCUGGGUCCUACAUGGCCCGCCUGCUCCCAAGGGGAGGUUGGAGGUGGUGGCAUCCUGAACCAUGUCAGGCAGACCAAGGAUCCAGGCAGUGGGCCCAGCUGCUUCCUACCCCUGUUGACCAUCUUCCAUCAUCAGUUUUGUGAACUGGACCAGAAAUAGGGCCUUACGGACCGGACCGAUGUGGCGUGGCGUGUGGAAAUUGCCAAAUGUGUCCUCUUGUAGCUAAAAGUUGUGUUUGGUGAUCAUCCCCGAAAAUGCCCUGGCUGAAGGGCAGCGCUGUGUCUCCUCAUUUCCACCCUGGCCCAACCAGCCCUGGCGGCUGUGCCCUGCCUGGGGCUUCGCGGUGGGGGCUCCCUGGGGGCCCCUCUGACCAGUGAGCGUGCUGCACGCGGCUGGUGUGCGCGUCGCUGAGCUCCCGUGUCUUGGUGAGCAGGUGUGGAAGGCAGGGCCAGAGGCACUACCAUCUCCCCCGGACAGCUCUGAGCCAGCUGGCACGCGUGUGGAGCAGGGGAGGGGCCGCAAGGAAGACCAUCUGUGAAAGCCGGCUCUGGCCUGGCACUGCCUGGUGCCUCACCAGGGGCCCCGACACGACCGUCUGCUCUGCCGGAAGUGUUCUGAGCGCAUGGCUGACCAUGGCCAGCUGGGUUCACUUUUCUCACAUUCUCACUCUGUCGUCCUUUCUGUGUGUCUGUAGAGUAACGUAGAGACGUGAGCAUGUGUUUGCACCUGUGUGCCAUCACAGUGUGAGUACAGGAGCAUUUGUACAGGUCCAACAUUAGAGGAGCUUCCUGCUGCGGGAAUCCUAGUCAUCUCUUCCCCAGGGUCACGGGCACCGGUCCAGGCCUGUCUUUCAGGAAAACAAGCUUGGGUGGAAGGAAGUAGAAAUACAGGAAGCGUUGCUCUGUCCAGCCAGGACGGAGGAUUUGGGGAAGAGAAGAGGUGAGGUCAGACUGACUGGGAAGAAGCACUUUGGGACUUUGCGCCCUCCUCUGCCUUUGUCCCUCCACUUUCCUGGAGCUGCCUAAUGGCCACAAACCACCUGGCUCCAGCCAGGCCGGGGCCCCUGACCCCAACCCCAAUUCUCCCACCAAGGUCAGCAAGAAGGAAAGGAGGCUGGAGGGCAGCCACCAACGGCCUCGCGGCUACGCCGUUACUGUAGUUCCACCUGGUACCGCUGACCGGCAAGCUGGUCUCUGGGAAACAAAAUGCAUCACUGGCACUCGUGGCCUCCGAGGUCUGGGCUUGGAGGGGACAUGGGGUUUCUGACAGUAUUUCGCCCUGGCCCAUUGAGCCGUGCUGCUGGAAGCCUUCUUCCUAGUCUGGCAGAUGGCUGCAGAGGGGUGCCUGCCCCCGGGACUGCCACGUGGGAGCAUCUUUCCGCCUUUUUCUCUGCCCAAGCCUGGGCCUGGGCAAUGCUGGCUGGGCCCUCUCUUGGGGUCACUGACUUGGCUGUGUGGGCCCAGCCUCCCCUAACGUGACAUCAUCUCCACACAGCCCAUUGUGCAGUACUCUUGGGGGUCAGUCAAGUUGUGGGGGGGAGUAAGGCUGAAGGGACACCCACACCUUCCAACAUGGCCUUUGACCCAGUCCUUUGGGACCAUGCCUGUUACUCUUGGGUGCCCUUGUUACUGUUCAUGUGUCUGAACAAAGUUUGAAAUGCCGUGACUUUUUUUUGUCAAUAAAGAUAUGAAACAAAUAUGA